AUGGCUGCGGUGAGAUUGCGCAAGGCGUUUCGGUACCCUGAGGAAUCAGAGGGUGAGCGAGAGGAGUUGGAUGAAGAGCAACAGGAACGGGUCAUCCAGCAGUUGCAGAGCCAGAAUGAUGCUCGCAACGCCCAGUACAGUGUGGUUUUUACUGCACUUCCACUGCUGGCUGCUACAGUAUUUGUGCCUUCGGUGCUGUCAGCUUCCAGUCAGACUGAACGGUUGUUCUCGCUCCUCAGCGUCGCCUCGUUGUUGACAACAGCCUAUAUCAUGAAAUGCUCUCCUCUCCAGCCUGAUCGUAAAGGCAAGAAGCCUAUGACCCUCCACACUGAACGUAUUUCUCGGCUUCAUGCGGCUCUGGUACCUGCCACCAGUGCAAUUUGCUUGUUGCUUGCUAUGGGCUAUCUUUCUACAGGGUCAUCUGAUGGGAUCCAACCAGUUCUAUACCUGAUUCCUGGAGCCAUGCUCGCAGUGAUUCUACUUGCUCAAAAGGUCAUGCUCUCUGUUGACCUUGCAUCCCUCAAGGAUCUACAGUACGAGUAUAAAGGUGCCUAG